CUCUCGGCUGCGGCGCCGGUCACGUGCCGAGGGCUUACAGGCCGCUCCAGGGUCACAUGACCCGCUCUCCAGCAACAUGGCCGCCGCCGGGGUGCAGCGCCGGCGCUGAGCGAUCAGGGGCGCGCUCCUGCUCGGGGUGAGGGGUCCCGGCGCGGGAGGGGGCCCGGCCGCUCCAUCUCGUCGUCGCCUGGAUCCCGCAGUCCCCUGCGCUCGGUGGGACCGGAGCGCGGGCCGGUGCGGCCCCCCGGGACCAUGGCCGGGUCCGACACCGCGCCGUUCCUCAGCCAGGCGGAUGACCCCGAUGAUGGGCCGAUGCCGGGUACCCCGGGCUUGUCGGGGUCCUUGGGGAUCCCGAAGUCCGGGGAGCCCGAGGUGCCGGACCAGGAGGGGCUGCAGCGCAUCACGGGCCUGUCCCCGGGCCGUUCGGCGCUCAUCGUGGCCGUGCUGUGCUACAUCAACCUCCUGAACUACAUGGACCGCUUCACCGUGGCCGGCGUCCUUCCAGACAUCGAGCACUUUUUCAGCAUCGGAGACAGUAGCUCCGGCCUCAUCCAGACCGUGUUCAUCUCCAGUUACAUGGUGUUGGCGCCUGUGUUUGGCUACCUGGGUGACAGGUACAAUCGGAAGUAUCUCAUGUGCGGCGGCAUUGCCUUCUGGUCCCUGGUGACACUGGGGUCAUCCUUCAUCCCCAGAGAGCGUUUCUGGCUGCUCCUCCUGACCCGGGGCCUAGUGGGGGUCGGGGAGGCCAGCUACUCCACCAUCGCGCCCACCCUCAUCGCCGACCUCUUCGUGGCCGACCAGCGGAGUCGGAUGCUCAGCGUGUUCUACUUCGCCAUCCCGGUGGGGAGCGGCCUGGGCUACAUUGCAGGGUCCAAAGUGAAAGACGCUGCUGGGGACUGGCACUGGGCGCUGAGGGUGACGCCGGGCCUGGGGGUGGUGGCUGUUCUGCUGCUGUUCCUGGUAGUACGGGAGCCGCCCAGGGGAGCCGUGGAGCGCCACUUGGAUUCACCACCCCUGAGCCCCACCUCGUGGUGGGCGGAUCUGAGGGCUCUGGCGAGAAAUCCUAGCUUCAUCCUGUCCUCCCUGGGCUUCACGGCUGUGGCCUUCGUCACUGGCUCGCUGGCGCUGUGGGCUCCCGCGUUCCUGCUGCGCUCCCGUGUGGUCCUGGGGGAGACCCCCCCUUGCCUUCCCGGGGAGUCCUGCUCCUCCUCGGACAGCCUCAUUUUCGGGCUCAUCACCUGCCUGACCGGGGUCCUGGGCGUGGGCCUGGGCGUGGAGAUCAGCCGCCGCCUCCGCCGCUCCAACCCCCGGGCGGACCCCCUGGUGUGUGCCGCCGGCCUGCUGGGCUCCGCUCCCUUCCUCUUCCUGGCCCUCGCCUGCGCCCGCGGUAGCAUCGUGGCCACCUAUAUUUUCAUCUUCAUUGGAGAGACCCUGCUGUCCAUGAACUGGGCCAUCGUGGCGGACAUUCUGCUGUACGUGGUUAUCCCCACGCGCCGCUCCACCGCCGAGGCCUUCCAGAUUGUGCUGUCCCACCUGCUGGGGGACGCUGGGAGCCCCUACCUCAUCGGCCUGCUCUCCGACCGCCUCCGCCGGCGCUGGCCCCCGUCCUUCCUGUCCGAGUUCCGGGCCCUGCAGUUCUCACUCAUGCUCUGUGCCUUCGUCGGGGCGCUGGGCGGCGCCGCCUUCCUGGGCACCGCCGUCUUCAUUGAGGGCGAUCGCCGCCGCGCCCUGCUCCACGUGCACGGUCUGCUGCCCGAGGCGGGGUCCACGGAUGACCGGAUCCUGGUGCCCCAGCGAGGCCGCUCCACGCGGGUCCCCGUGUCCAGUGUGCUCAUCUGAGGCGUCACCACCUGUCCGCCGUCUGCUGCGGCUGGCCCUGGGUGCGCCCCUGAGGUGCCCCGGCAGAAACCCUGGGCUCGGCAGGUUCCCAGGAGCGAGCCUGGGCUGUGUCCUGGCUCCCAGACACUACAUGGACAGCCCGGGCGAUGGGGGCCUGGUGGGGGGUCCCCCACACUGGGGCAGCCCUGCAGGCUCGGUGCUAUUUGUAACAGAAUAAAAUUUGUAGCCAGACCCCAA